GCAACGUUCAACCAAGCUUUUGCCAACCCCCGCUUGAUCUGCACGUCCACCUUGGGGCAUCCGCUAUGCAGGGGGGGGAAGAAAGCAGCGAGGGUCUCCGCCACUGCACUACAUAUGUACCUACAUACUCUACAUGAUAUGGCAGGAAACUUGCAUGUCAUCUCGAAAACUGUGGAUGAAGAAGGGGUCAAGCCCAUGUCCACUAAACCUUUCCUGGAAGAAUGAACCGAGGGAAAGCUGUACAUCCAAUACUCUAUCCAUCCAAAUCCACUCCAGAGGCUCGAGGACCGGUGGCAGUCCCCGGUACUUUGUCAGAGAAAUCGUGAUUCGAGUAGUCUGGCUUGGCUUGCUUGUAGUCUCGCUCACCUUUGUUUGAUUUGACACUCGAGCCUUUUCAUACAGUCCAUUGUCACACAUCUAUUGACAUCUCGACACCUGAAAGAUUUCACCACCAUGAUUGUCAGGGACCUCAGACGUCUCUGCCUCAUCAUCGGUUCCCUUCUCUGCCUCCUCUCCAUCACCCGCAUCAUCUGGGUGUUCCCUUCUCUAGCCGGGACGAGCGGGACCAGAAUCCUAACCUCCCUCCUCGGAGACACUUUUGGUGGUUCCGACGGGCAAAGCGGCUCCUCAUCAUCAAGAAACCAAGUACCCUACCACGGCAGCAGCGGCAGCAGCAGCAGCAGCAAUUCUUCUUCUUCAUCAUCAUCAUCCAAAGAUGGCACCGCCAAAUCCUCCCAGACGGGAGCUUCAAACGGCGACAGUACGACGACGACAGAUUUGAACAUGCACCACAGCCAUCAAACAAUCUACUCAGUCUCCACCCCCAACGGCGCCUACUUUCGCAUCCAAUUCGCUUCUUUCUCUUCCUCCUCCUCCUCUGAUGAGCGAGAAGAGGAAAACAUCAUCAUCACACCCGCUUUCAACCCCAACAUCAUCCCCCACCCCACCCGACCAGGCAUCUUCAUCGUCGUCGCGCAAAAGUGGCAAGAAUCAUCAUCCCUUUCCGCCAACUCCGACUCCUCCUCCUCCAACACAGGUACCGACAACAAGAAACCACCACCACCACACAAGUUUCAGCACGUAACAACCUCGUCAGAAGUCCACUGUCUCGCUUCUUUUGUUGAUAUCCCCUCUUCCACUUCCAAUCCCAGUUCUCCCAAAGAGAAAAUCCUCCGCUGUCUGCCAGAGCACCCGCCCUACCCGCUCCUGAUAUCCGCCACACCGGGAAAUAACUGCGUGGGCCCCCUCCUGGGAGUCUUGACGUUUAAUGUCGGUCCGCAUGAUGCGCGAGUGUUUUACGGAGGGGACGGCAAGCCGUAUACGAUUUUCGGGAGCAACUCGCAGUUUACGUGCUUUGGGAUGUGGAUGCAGGAUUUCCGGGUGGUGGUGGAGUGGUGGGGGGUGCAAGUGGGGGCGUUUGGAGCGGGGGAGGGGUGGCGGGUUGCGGGGGAGUUGCAGCGGCCUAGUAGGGUUCUACCUCUAGGAGCGAAUAAUGGGGGUGGUGAUGAAGGGAAAGGAAAGGGGGGGAAAAAGGGGAAUGAGGAGUUGAGGGCGGCGGGUGCUGGUGAGAAUAAGGGUAACGGACUCGAGGAGAAACCAGGAAUUCCGGCUGGAUGGAGCGAGAUAGAAAAAAACUGGUUCGUGUUUUGGGCGCCUCCCCUUCCACUUGGCUCUGGCUCCUCCGACUCCUCCCCAGACUCAUCCCACCACAGACCCCAAAAUCAACAGCAACUCCAGACAUACAUCCAUUACGACUUUUACCCGCACCGCUCCUUCGCCCUCUUGCGCGAUGACGGGUCCGCCACUGCACUCCCCUCUUCUACCCUUUCUGCCGCUGUCGACGAGAAAUGUCUUUCUCACUUCUUGCCUCCCUUACCAUCGGGAGAACCAGUGUCAAUCCACCAAUCGACCAACUCACUGCGACUCACCCUGUGCAAUCGCUCCGACCCAACAUGCGUGGUGACGGAGGAGAACACCUACGUCUUGACCAUGAUCCAGUACAAGACGUUUUACCACUUUCAUUCGGAAUAUGAGCCGUACGUGGUUUUGUUUUCCCAGAAAGCGCCGGGCUUUGAAGUGUUUGGGGUGUCGCGGAAGCCGCUGUGGAUCGAGGGGCGAAAGAAAGGAGAGAGAGGAGAGGAGGGCGGACAGGAGAGAACGGACAUGUUUUAUGUGACUAGUGUUAAUUGGCGUGAUUAUCACGGAGACGACGAACAAGGGGCGGGGUAUCAUGGGUAUUUGGAUGAUGUUCUGGUUAUCGGGUUUGGCAUUGAGGAUAAGGAGAGUGGAGGGAUUGAUGUGCUGGCUGGGGAGUUGGUCAAGGGGAUCGGGAUUUGCUCCGAGGUUGUGGGUGAAGUGAAAGAGCAGGCGGCGCCGCCACAACAGCCGAUUGAGAAGCCGAUGGAUUCGAUCGGGUCUGAUGGGUUCCCGGCUCAGGACAUGUCACUGGAGAUUCCGGCUGAUUUCCCGGCCGAUUUCCCCGCGGCUGCUCCAGCUACGGAACCGGUGCAAGCGGAUUUCGGUUUGGGACCGGGAGUGCAAAUGGGCACUCCGCCGCCGCAACCUCAGCCCGAGUCGUAGAACGGAACCUGAAAGAGCACACAAUACGAUUGUAUCCCAAUCAUGUCCCAGAUCGUCGGGAUUGCGGCGUCGGCCGUUGAGCGUUUCUGCCGCAGACCGACAAACACACAGAUCGCGAUCGCGCAGUCGAGUUGGGAAGGAACAUGACGGACAAGACAUUACCGGCGCCGAAAAAAAGCCACCAUCCCGAGACACAAACUUUUCUUCUGUUGAGAAAUUGGCCUGGAAUGAUACACAGCGCGGCGCUCACGUGGGCUGCACAGAAACACCACACCUUCCAUGUCAUCAUUAUACCCACACUAGUACCACACGAUCCGUCCACGCCACCACCAUCACCAUCAGCCGAGCGUCUUCUUCGCACUGUCUCUUCACACCACCACCACCACCACCACCACUAUCGAUCUGAAGGAAAAGAUGGUGUAUGACAUGGGCUGCCUUCAGCCAGCCUUGCCCAGUGUCCUUCCUUUGUGCUUCUCGCUCGCAUUUGCGCAGUGAUGGUUGGAGACAGUCGCACACUUUACCGAACCCUCUUACACUGCGCGCAACCACACACUAGCACACAAGACUACAAGGGCGAUACAAAGUUGGUGUCUGGUGUUCAUGUCGGAUGCCGUCCGUCGUCACUCAUGGCCGAAUGCGUUCGACGAAUGCAGGUGUGGCAGUUCCGACAUACGCCAGCUCUAUACAAUCUGCAGCCAGAAGCAAGCAAGGUUAGAAGAAGGUGUAUGCAGGUGAAACACUGAGCCAUUGAUACGGCGGAUGCCUCUACCUCUACCUAUCUGCCACGGGACUUGGCAUUAAAAAGUUUUUAUCGUCAGGUGUUCAAUAUUUCUCUGUCGCUCCAUCAAGUAUCCGAGUUCCUUCCGGAUGUGGUCUGGCUGUCACAAUCCGUAGGUAUCAAGGGAUGAGAAAGACGUGUCUUCUCUUCAAAUGUCUUCUCAGUUUCUCCAUCGUCUUCGCUUCUUCGCUUCUGUCCUUUAUUCGAUGCCGAAGAACUCGGGUGCCUAAUCCAACAUCGGCUUCAUUGUGAGUACCAGGCAGCGAGAAUAGGAUAUUUCUCGCUACUCGAUAUCCGAUGAUGGACAGGGUGAUUUCCUCGCUCCGUCAGUGCGAGGUUACUGUCAAGUCAAUCCGAGGACACGAACACAAUCACCAAAUCUCGCAUCCUCUGUAGGGCUCACAUCUCCUUUCCCAUCACACGGUCUGGCAACAGACACAACUCAGCUGAAAGUCGCAAGUACGCACUCAAAUCAUCAGGUCGUCAAAAGCAGUGGAGGACAACAGGGGGAAAAAUAAGCGCUUGUGCGGCGCAGGUACACUACAUCUUACCUCCACAAGUCGCUUACGCUCCACUUUCAGUUCGGCUGCGAUCUGCAGACUGCAAGGGACAGUCCCUAUGCUUACGCAGUGGUCAUCCUCGGGACACCAUCACGACCAUCAUCAUCUUGUCUGCUCAUCUCUCUGCUCACCUUGUCAACCCCCUGUUUUCUCACCUGGACACACCGAUACCUUUGGAACAAGUCACUAGGGUAUGUCAGAGUUUACACCAGCCUCGCCUCGUCUCAUCAUCCGCUACUCAGCCACGUUCACGACCUCGCGGUGAGCGCCGCGACUCGAGAUCCGUGACUCGUGAUAAGGUAGCCUUGGCUCGAGUCCGUACCCGUAUGGACGGUGAGUCCGGUGUACCAUGGCCACAAGGCCUGGUGGUUCGGCGUACAAUUGUGUUCAGCAAGUGACGUUGCUCGCUACGGUGCGGCUGACGACCAGUCUCUCUAAGACCGUGUUGUGUUUAUGCCAUACUGAGACUGGAGUCGCGGUUGGAAGGUGGAUUGAGUGUUCGUGUGGGCGGUCGACCAUUGACCUGGACGAGGCUAGUUGUGGCCGGGUAGAUAAUCUGCCGUUCCAGCCGAGUUGGCCGGAGGGUUCGAUGAGACUGUCCAUUUGGGAUCCAGACGAGUGCUAUGUAAAGGACCUUAGAGAAGCGGCUGGGAAGGUGAAGGACAAGGUUGCCUAGAAGAUUGCUUGGGUGCUGCUCUGGGGUUUUCAGCAUACAUUACAAGGACAGCGAACAUUUAAAGGCACCAAGGACCCGGUUCAGUAGGAGUUUACACACCUGUAAUGCCAGAUUCUUUGCUUGAGUGAGUACCUUCUCAACCGUAAUUCUUCCC